AUGAGUAUUAAUAGUAAUAUUAAUAAUAGUAGUAUUAAUAACAAUAAUAAUAAUGAUAUUGGAAAUGAUAGAUUAUUUUUUUCAGUUUUCAGAAAUAUAUAUUUAGUUAAAAAAAUAUUCUAUUUUCUAAAAAGUAAAAAUGUUGAUGGAUAUAGUUUAUUAUUAAAUAUUAUAGAAAAAAAACCAGAAUUAAAUUUGGAUAAAGUUUUUAAAGAAUCUAGUAUAGAAAAAUAUUUAGAAUUCAAUUAUGUAUUCAAAAAAUAUCAAGAAAUUGUAUCAGUAGAAAAAAUGAUAAACAAUGGUCAUAUAGAACUCCUCAAAGAUAAGGUUAUGAACGAUAUACACUCAAAAUAUAGCUAUAUACCUUUAGAAUUUUCAAACAAAUCCUUCAAAAUGAUUAUUAAACAAAUUCCAUUUUCGCCAUUAUUUAUCCGGUUGGUAGAAUCUCAAAGAGAAAGAAUGGAAAAAUCCCUUUUUCUAAUAGAUAUAGCCGUAGAAUCAAGAGAUAUUGAAAAAGUCAAAUAUUUACAUCAACUAAGCUGUAUCAAUGAUAAUAAUAGCGAUAUCAAUAACAAUUAUUGCAGCAAUGUUAAUAGCAACACCUCAACAAUAUCAUAUGCAAGCAACAUUGCUAUGGACUUGGCAGCUAGGUUUGGUGACUAUGACACAGUGGUUUUCUUACAUAACAAUCGUUAUACCUGUACUAAAAACGCAAUGGAUUUGGCUGCUUCUCAUGGUUACCUAAAUGUAGUUAAAUUUCUUCACGAAAAUAGAAAUGAAGGAUGCUCCAAAAAUGCUAUCUAUGCCUCUGCAAAUAACAAUGACUAUGAAAUGGUUAAAUUCCUAUGCUAUAAUAGAUCUGAAGGUUUUGAAGAAAGCUGUUUCGAAAUUGCAAAGAACAAAAAUAAUAAAGAUAUUUUGUUAACACUCAAAAAGUUUCAAUCCUUUCACGGUGGCUUAGUUGGUAAAAAAGGAAAAUUAUUAUCAUCAAUAUUAAAUACCAACGAACUAGAUAACAACAAUAGUAAUAAUCCAUUAGUAAAUAGCUCAAAUAAUGGUUUAUCCAAUUCAUUAUAUUCAUUUAUUUUACAAUCAUCACAUCUAUCAAAUAAUAAUAAUAACAAUAAUAAUAAUAAUAAUAAUAAUAAUAAUAAUAAUAAUAAUAAUAAUAAUAAUAGUAGUGACCCAAAUAAUUCAACUGGUAAUAGUUUAUGGAAUUUUUGGAGAUGGAACUCAAAUAAAAAUAACAAUAACAAUAUUAAAGAAGAUGAAGAUGAUAAUAAUAAUAAUAAUGAUCAAAAUAAAAAUGAUACCUUAUUGGUAUCAGAUUUCGUGUAUAUUGAUACAUCUGUAUAA